AUGUCUAUAACUUCAAAUCGGUUGGCUCUAGAACCAAUUAAGGGUUCUAUCUUAAAUUCCAACUCUAAUUCAUCAACCCCUCUUAAGAAGAAGAAGGUAUCUCCUAAAUCAAGAAUUAGAUUGGUAACUGUAUCUCCUUCAUUAGCUUUAACUCCGUUGGCUAAUAAGAGAAGUCAUACAACUUUAGAAUCACCUUCAAUUGCAUCUAAAUCAUUUUCAUUCUCAUCUAACAAUGCUAAUUUUAACUCAAGACGGUUCGCUACUAAAAUGGCAAGCUUUUCAGAUUUUAGAUCAACAUCUUUAUCUUUAAAAUCUCCCACCUCUUUAGAUUCAAAUUUAUCUGAUCCAAUUACUUCAAGUUCAUCCGUAUCUGUAUCAACUUUUAAAAAUGAUACUGCUGGAUUAGCUGCUACUAAAUUAAAAUUAAAAUUACAACUAGCAUUAUACAGACUUCAACAACGUGACGAUAUAGCUUAUCUUCAACCCAAGAAGAAACAAAAUACCAGAAAACACGUCUCAACCAAUUCAUCAAGUUCAUCUAAAUCAUCAAUUUCGGAAUUCUCAACCAAUUCAUCAACAUCAACAAAGCCUUUAUCUCUGCUGUUUGUUAAAAUGGAGUCUUUUAAUAGUCCUUCUCCAACUCCUGUAUCAAGACAAUCAAGCUAUUUACCAACUCCCCCUGAUACAUAUAGCAAUAUCAACCAUCCUCAUGCAUCUAUUAAUGUCAACUUAAACAAAAUCGCAUCAUCUUUUUCUUCAUCCGCUGUUUCACUUUCAAAAAUUGCAUCUGAUUCUUCUUCUUCUUCAUCUAGUAUUACAUCAACAACUGAAUUUUCUUCUUCAACUUCCAAAAGUAAAAAUUUGUCGUUAUCAAAUAUUGCUUAUAAAAAACAGUUUAAUUCACAUAAUAAAAAGAUUCAAAAGUUGAAGUUAUUUCAAAUUAAAAAGAAUUCAAUCUUUUAUACCGAGAAUGUCGAUAACAAUAAGAAUAACUCAAGUACUUCUAAUAUCAUCUUGAAUAAGAACGUAACCAAAUCCAACUUUCCAAAAUUAACACGUUCUGAUGAUGUACCACAUCCGACUCGUCAACCAUCAAUUGAUCCGGCUGCUUCAUUUCUUACUUCGUUUAAUCAAAAUUCUUUUAUUCUCCCAUUAGCAGCAGCUGCUGCCGCUGCUGCUUCAGCUAAUUCAUCGACAUCCACAACUUCGGCAUCUGAAACAAAAUCAUCUUCAUCACUUUCCUCCACAACUAAUAAAAUCACAGUACCUUCAAUUCAGAUCACUAACUUUGAUGCUUCUUCGCAUACUACCAAUAUUAAUGGUGGAACAACGUUACCUUCAAUUUCAAAAAUCUUGAAGACUCCAUUAAGAAGAGCUUCUGCACGUUAUCCAUAUCCACCAAUCAAUUCAAGCUCCAACAAUUCCAAUUCCAAUUCCAAUUCCAACUCAAAUUCUAAUUUCCAUAAUGAUGAUACGACAAUAGAUGAAGAUAACGAAACAAUACUCAAUAUUACAAGUAACAAUACGACUCUCAUGGCUAAUCAAUCCACAAUUAACUCGAAUUCGAAACAACUUGAUGAGAAUUCAACUUCAAACACAACAUCUACAUUGUUACCAAAUGAUGACAAAGCAGAUUCUAACUCAUCCUCAAACAACAAAAUACUCACGUCAUCUCCAAUUCACAAUAAUUUCGCAACUCCAAAUAGUUUCUCAGUAGCUAAAUCUUUGUUACAAUUAGGAGGUUAUGUCUGA